AUGGCUCGCCAUCGUACCAGGCCUGUUCUAGCCAACUACCACAAGAACACACCGCGCGAUCCGAAGCAGGUCCUGCGAGAAACAGCCAAUCCAGCCAACCGCAGCAAAGCGAAGUUGUCAGUGUACAUGAAGCUUCUUCACCAACACGAGCGGAUAUACCGCGUUUGGACAGGCCGAUACAUACCCGGUCUCUCAGACCGGCCUGCUGUGUGGCUAGUGAAGCGGAAGAACAUGGCGCUUUCAGCUUUGGCGGGUGCGGUGUUGACGAAAGAGGGAUUACUCAAGGCGAAAGAUAUGCAACUUAUAACCAUAGCCACAGGCCCCGGUACAAAUCGCGAACCUACAGAUCCUCUUUCGGGUGUUUUAGUCGGCUGCUACGACGUCGCAGAUGGUAUCAUCUCCGGUCUUAUUGCCGGGCCCGUGACACUGGGUAAACAAAUCAGUCACCGGCACAGCACCGUCAACCCCGAUGCCUCGUCUACCGGCAGCAGGGCCAAAGGCGUUGCCCGUGCGUCUGGUCGAGUCGCUCUAGGCACGGCCAAAGGACUCGGAAAAGUAGUAACGACAAGUCUCAAAAGCCCCUUGCUAAUUAUGGAGGGGGUUACACGCGGGUUCCACAAUUUCCCCAAGACGUACGGCGAAGAGGUGCGGCAGUAUGAGACGGUGACGGGCCUGCGGAGCGGACUGGUGGUCAGUGCGAAGAGCUUUGGGCACGGGAUAGGGGAUGGAAUCAAGGAUAUUGUUGCAAAGCAGAUCGAUGGCGCGGAAAAGAAUGGGGUUAUUGGAUUUGGGACGGGGCUGGCAACGGGGGUUGCGAAUGUUGUGUGUAAGCCCACGGCUGGCGUUUCCGGACUUGUGAGCUACUCGUCCCUUGGUCUGUAUAGAUCUAUACGGAAGAUUGGCGCUUCGAAGAAGGAGGAUCCGGCGGAGGAGGUGAGGAGUUUAGGUGAAGCAGAGUGUCGCGAACUGGGCGAUGCGGAUAGGUUGUUUAUUGUGCGACGGUGGUGUCAGACCCAGAUGCAUGUUAAUAUAGAUUAG